CUGAAAAGAACCGUCCUGCUUUUUAACUACUACCUAUAGGCGGAAGGUAGAAAAUAGGUUUGGACUACCGUCACUGCUACGAGGUGAGUUCUUAUUGGUCUCAACGUUUCGACUAGCUUGCUCUUGUCAUCGUCAGGAGGCUGAAUACUUAAGUUCAAUUCGUAUGCUCCCCGCGUAAAGUGGUUAAGUGUAUCAUUAGUGCGUUCGAUAUUGGGUAGUCCGGAUGAAAAGGUGACCUUUUUUCAACAAAUCGUGCAUUGCUCGCUCACUCCACAACUGAUAGUAACAUGGAGCCGGACGUCUUAUUGUCCAUCAUCUUCCAAUCUGUGAUCGGAAUCGUAGGAAUUCCAGGAAAUUGUCUCAUCAUCUUCGUUUACUCCAAGAAGCGGUUGACGAUGAGUCCGCAUGUGUUCAUCUUUGGUUUGGCGAUAACCGAUCUUGGCUCCUGUCUCUUCACCCCGGCCAUAAUAUUCCAGAGGCUCGCCAGCUACGAGAGCGACUUUCUCUGUCGCUCCGUUACCUUCGUCAAUUUCGUGUCGGUGUAUCUGUCUGCUUUCCUCAGCACCUCUAUCGUGGUGGAUCGCUACCUAGCAAUCUGUCGUCCACUCCUGCGGUGGAUGACCGUGCGAAGAGCCCAGAUCGUCGUGGCUUGUUGUGUCCUAUCUUCGGUCGUUGUCAGCAUCCCCGUAUUUGUGUCCUACAAAAUGGUGUCAUUCAAGACGGAUUCAAAGCCGCAGAGAGCAUGUACAUUCGACAACGACUACUCGUUCUUCCAAGCCCUUAUGCUCAUAUUACUCUACACCGUCUCAAUCGCCACACUAUGUGUUACAGUUAUAAUGUUCUGGAAGAUGUGGAAGGCUGUCCGCAAGCGAAUGGAAAUUUUUCCGAUGGAUACUGCAAUAGCAACAACGUCUAGAGGACAUCAAGGUAAUGUGUCGGUAAGCUAUAUCUAUAACCAUGAACCACCCGUGCCACAACACGUAGUUAGGAUUGCCAGCAAGACUAAUAAAACUACUAAAAUGCUACUUGCAGCUUCGUCGAUUUUCUUCUUUACCUGGGCGAUAGCACUGUGUACUCUGUCAAUUCCUAGAUCAACGCUCAGCAAGGUGAAGGCACGCAGUGAUGUUGGAUUUGUAAUCAUUAAGAUAUUGAAUAUUACUUUCUAUAUAAAUCAUGCAAUUAAUCCUUUCAUUUAUGGGUUGAUAAAUCGACGAUUCAGGGAAAAGUGUCAGACUUAUUUAUCCUGUUGCAAACAGUAA